CCUCCUAAGGUCCUAUAGGUUCCCAUCCUAUGAAGAACAUACAGGAAAAGUGCUGGCAGCUUUUCAUUCACAGCAGUAGCAGAUCUUUUCUCUUCAUAAAGCAUCAUGGCAUGUGCUGAUCAUAUAUAUUCGUGCAUAAAGCUGCUGCUGGUGUGCAUGCUGCUGACCGCGGCCCACGCCACUGCUGACAGAACCAAAACACUGGACUUCGAUGUCAAACCAGGAGGAGUUGUGCACACUUUCUCUGCCAAAAUUAAAGAGUAUGAAUGCACUUUUACAUACGCAUCUCAAGGAGGAACCAAUGAGCAAUGGCAAAUGAGUGUUGGACUAAGUGAUGAUGACAUGCUGUUUUCCUGUUCAGUAUGGAGGCCCCAAGGGAAGUCUUACUUGUUUUUCACCCAGUUCAAAGCCGAAAUAAAAGGAGCCAAAAUUGAGUACACUACCGCAUAUUCCCAGACAGACGUGGGUGGACAGAGGGAUGUUGCUUUGAAAGAAGAAGAGUACAUUGUGUCAGAGUCCACAGUGACCCACAGAGAUGAAAAAUUCCGUUCCGAGCUCUCAAAGCUCACUGUCAUUGGUCGGACACGCCAUGAUGAACUUUGAUUGGCUGACCCUUGAAAGGAUUGUCCAAUCCUCUGAUUGGCUGACCCUUGAAAGGAUUUUCCAAUCGCA